AUGAAUGUUCUUAGAGUAAGAUUCACUAUAGGCUGUAAUAUUGUGUUAUAUAAUUAUUCUAUGUUAUUAUUAUUUAAUGAAGAGAGAAUAGAAGAAGAUGAAGGUGUUGAGGAGGAUGUGAAGAAUGAGGUUGAGGUGAUCGAUUAUAGAUGUAGUGUUGUUAGGUAUAACAAAUCAAAGAGAUGUCUUGUACCAUUAACAUAG